AUGUCAAAAAAAGAAAAUCAAAUAAACGCAUUAACGGACGAAGAUUUAAUAUAUUAAUUAAAGUAAAAAGCUCUUCCAGUAUUUGGAACACGCUAAGAAAAAUUAGACAGAUUAAAAAAAGCAAAUGGAAUAAUAUCUUCAAUAUAAAAUAACAUACCUGAACUUAAAAAAAAGCCGUCUAAAAAUAUAUCUACAGUUGAAAAAAUUUAACAAAUGGAAAAACGCCGAGAAGAGCGUCGUUCCAAAAUGAUAGAAGCAAAACGUGACAAAGAAGAAAAAAUGUUAGAAAAUUAAAUAAGUGGUAGAAACGAACUAUUACCUGCUUUGCAUAUGGAUAAACGGGUUCUGGAAAGACUUAUACAAUGA